AGUGGCACGUUUGUGUUAAGCGAUGAGGACAGACGGAGAAAACAGCGGUAAACAGUGACAUUGCCCACAUUUAUGGAACUUAUUUGAGCUGAUUCACGCAGCAGACAUGUUUAACCUCAAUCCCGGAGGUGGAUCUAACCCGUGAGGGAUCACUCUAAGGAGGUAUCAUUUUUGUGUGUGUGUAACGGAGCCCCACCCUCCCCCUGAGGAUCGAAAGUGAACUUGCGCCAUUUAUAUAAGAGGAGCUCCAAACGUACUCAGUUUCCUUUAUCCUGAGACCUCGGAUCAGAUUGAGGGACCUAGACGCACCUGUCUGAGCAGCUCCUGAAGAAAUCGUUUCGAAAGGAGAAUUUUGCCAAACUACUCAUAUAUCGACAAAAUAUACGGCACCAUGUCUUUCAGAGAGAAUAAAAUUGACAUGCCCAGCCCAGUUUGUCUCAUUCAUAACACGGAGGAUGGAGGCCUUCGCAUUUGUCAAGAGGCACUAGAUAUUCUAGACCAGAUCACUCAGUCGGUGGUGGUGGUGGCCGUGGCAGGACCGUACCGCACUGGGAAGUCCUACCUCAUGAACCGACUGGCAGGGAAACGAAAGGGCUUUGCCCUGGGCAGCACCAUUGAGUCUAAGACCAAGGGCAUCUGGAUGUGGUGUGUGCCCCACCCCGAAAAAGAAGACCACAUACUGGUGCUGCUGGAUACUGAGGGACUGGGAGAUGUGGACAAGGGUGAUGAGAAACACGACGUUUGGAUCUUCUGUCUGGCUGUUCUGCUCAGCACCACUCUGGUCUACAACAGCUUAGGAACAAUAGAUAACACAGCACUGGAGAAGCUGCAAUAUGUCACAAAACUGACGGAGCACAUAGAUGUGAAAUCUAGGACAGGAGAUGGUAAAGAAGCGUGCAGCAAAGCCAUGGAGCUCAUGCGUGUUUUCCCAUCCUUUGUGUGGACUGUGCGAGACUUCACCCUGGACCUGGUGCUGGAUGGAAAAGAGAUCACAGCUGAUGAAUACCUGGAGAAUGCGCUGAUGCUGAAGCAGGGUGAUGCUGCGACACCAAAUGUUGUAAAUUACAACAAGACAAGGAGAAGCCUGCGGGACUUUUUUGCUGUCCGCAAAUGCUUUGUGUUUGAGCGGCCAGGCAACACUAAGAAGAUGAAGCAGAUAGAAGAGCUGACGGAUGAUGACUUGGAUGAGUCUUUUGUGGAGCAGUCAAAGGCCUUCUGCAAAUACAUCUAUACCAACUCAAGAUCCAAAACCAUGAGAGGAGGCCGGGGAGUGACUGGCAGAAUGUUGGCCACUCUGGCACAGACGUAUGUCGAGGCAAUCAGCAGUGGUCAGGUCCCGUCUCUGGACAACGCUGUGGAAUCUUUGGCUCAGAUUCAUAACAGUCGUGCCAUCACAGAAGCUGUGGAGUUCUACCACUGUGAGAUGACCAAAAAGGUCCAGUUCCCCACGGAGACUCAGCAGGAGCUUUCUGACAUCCAUGCAGGUGUAGAGAAAGAGGCUAUCAGUAUCUUCAUCAAAGGCUCCUUCAACGAUCAGAACCAGGAAUACCAGAACGAGCUUGUGAAACGCCUUAGCAAGGAAUAUGAGGAACUUGUUAAACAGAAUAUGGAAGAAUCUCGUAAGGCGUGCAGGUCCAUCAUCUCUCGAGUGUUUGGUUCUUUGGAGGAGGCAGUGAAGGAAGAUACUUACAUGCAGCCUGGAGGCUACACAGAGUACUGCAGUGACCUGGACAAAGCAAUCAAGCAGUACAGGUCAGAGAAAGGCCACGGACCUAUGCUUGAAGAAGUCUUGACAAAUUAUCUGACUGAGAAGAAUAAGGUUGGACAGAACAUUCUUGCAGCUGACCGCUCCCUCAGUGAAGCUGAGCGGAAGAUGGAGGAGAAAAGACGUGAGAAAGAGGCUUUGGAGCAGAAGAACAGACAACUAGAGGAACAGAAAAAAAUGCAGGAAGAGCUGUUUCGUGAGCAGAAGAAAUCCCAUGAUGAACACAUAAAGCAGCUAAAGGAGAAAAUAGAUGAAGAAAAGACAUGUUCCAGGGAAGAGAUCAUGCGACUACAACACGCAUUGGAUCAGGAACGGAACAAGAGGAAUCCUGAGCCAACAGGACCACGGAAUGCUGCUUUGAGACUCCUUACACAUGGUAUAAAAGCAUGUGAUGAUGUUAUAAGUCCUGUAACAUCAUGGAUUUCCAGGCUUUUUUAAUGCGUAGACCCACAUUUAGAGGUCAACAGAAUUAUACAGUUGCACCCAGAAGGAAAUGUCAGAUUGCAAUGCUAUUCUGGCAGAAGGUAAAGGUUACCAGGAACAAUAAAUUAUUAAAAAAUGUA